GGGCGGUGGCGGGCGCUGCGCACGCGCAGUGUGGCGGCCGCCAGGUUUGAACGGCGAGACGGUUGGAGAGGCGGGAGGAGCGUGAGGGGGGGAACCAGGUCUCUGAUGUUCUUCAGCUGUUGGAGGUUGAUCUCUUUUCUUGCCUAGUGAAGGACUGGAUCUCGUGACAAAUGAGGAAAAUUCUCCAGUCUCAGCUGGGAGACAGAAAAGAUGAAGAAAAUAUGGAGUUCUAGGACCCCAAAGCGGCCUCUGGAGGUUGACCAUAAAAUCCAAACUGAUCUCUCUGCGUGGCGGAAAAGAGGGAAAAGUGACCCUGAAAAAAGUUCCCAGAAUCAUCAGUCUCCUGGAGGUCAGAAAAAUGACAUCAAUCAGAAAAACGAUGUUGGUGGGAAAAACGACAGCCAGGAAGUCUCUCUGGAGAAAGCUUUGAGCUACUUUGAGAAAGUUCAAGGCCAAGGCCGUGUUUCCCUGAGAAACAACAGUGCUCUGCAGAAACACUUGGCUGCUGUGGAAAGCAUUGCCCUGCAACAAGGGCUGCCCCCUGAAGGUUUUGAGAUACUGUUGAACGUGGUGCUCAGUGGCAAAUUUGGUAAAACCUUUAUGUGUUGCUGGU